AUGUGUUUAUUUCUCUUGCUGGUGCUCUGCACACUAAAUGCCUUCUACAAUCAAGUGAAAAUUACAGGCUGCAACACAACGAUUACACAGAGCAACUACAUGCAGCACCUACCUUCCCUCAUCCUUUUGACCCUGGCGGGGUUGUGUCUUUCAGCAGCUCUCCCACCAACAGCUGCUCCAAUUUUCACUAAGCCGUUCGUGGUCAUAUGGAACGCUCCCAUCUACAGAUGCAACGAACUGCAGGUCUCCCUGGACUUGGGUGUGUUUCAGACCAUCACCACACCAGCCAAAGUCCCGAAUCAAACAUUGACUCUUUUCUACAAAAAUCGAUUAGGGAGAUUUCCUUAUACAGAUCUUAAAACUCUGACACAGUACAAUGGAGGCAUUCCCCAGAAAGGAGACCUAAAUGCCAGUCUGCAGAAAGCCAAAAAAGAGUUCAACCAGUAUGUUCCAUCAUCUGUACCUGGUCUGGCUGUGCUUGACUGGGAGGAGUGGUUUCCUUUGUUUGACAGAAAUUCAGAUUUAAGAGAGAUCUAUAAAUCACUGUCCAUAAACUACACCCUUCAGCAGAAUCCAUCCCUUACAAGCAAACAAGUUACACUGAACGCCAAGGAACAAUUUGAUAAAGCUGCCAGAAGUUUCAUGGAAGAAACAUUAAAGUUAGGAAUCUCACAAAGACCAAAUUUCCUCUGGGGCUAUUAUUUGUAUCCUGACUGCUACAACUAUGAUUUUGAGCAACCAAACUAUACAGGUAGAUGCUCUGAGACAACAACACAGCUGAAUAAUGAACUUCACUGGCUGUGGAAGGCAAGCACUGCCUUCUUUCCAUCAGCAUACCUGCCUGCUUCUAUAAGUACAACCCAGAAAACAGUGCUCUUCAUCCGAAAUCAGGUUCUAGAGGCUAUGAGAGUGGCAGAUUUGCCUCAGCAGCCCUACACUACUCCUAUUUAUUUGUACCUGCGACCUCUUUUGCAAGGGCAGAAGGAGCAAUACAUGAAAGAGGUUGACCUGAUUUGGAGUAUUGGCGAGAGUGCAGCUCUGGGGGCUGCUGGAUGUGUGUUAUGGGGAUCUAGUUAUGAUUUUAAUAACAAGGCAUCAUGUGAAGCCCUUUCUACCUACAUGUCUAACACACUAAAUAAAUACAUCAUCAACGUUACAACUGCGACGGAACUGUGUAGUGACCUGCUGUGUCAAGGGAAUGGGCGCUGUGUCCGUAAAAGCUAUGACUCAGAUGACUACCUACACCUCAACAUAAAAAGCUUUAAUAUACAGAAGAUUGAUGGGAUGUAUAAAGUCUUUGGGAAAGUUUCUAACGCUGACCUCACUGCCUGGGCUGACAAGUUUACCUGUCAGUGCUACGAGGACAAGAAAUGCAGAGCUCAAAUUCCCUCUGGAUUUGAGAAUAGGGAGAGAAGUGUCACUGGCCUCCUGACAAACAGAUUCAGAUUCAUAGUGUCAGAAAACGGAGGUGUCUUUAUGGAGGAAAAACACAGACCCAAACGCAGCGAUAGCUAA